AUGCUUGUGGUCUUCACCUCCACCGUGUACACUAUAACUGAGAUCCAAAAGCGGAUAAAGGAUGCUGGCAUUGUUAACUCCACUGACGAGGUUGUCGUGGCACAGCGUCUCUUGGAAGCAUCUAUCUUGGGAUUCUCUCUAUUUCUUGGAUUGGUUAUCGACAGACAACAUUAUUAUAUUAGGGAGAUUAAUUUACUGAGGAGGAGCUUCGAAACAGCGAGAAAACAAAAUCUAGGUACUGACUCGUCAAAGAGAAGAGUGGCAGUGGAAGAUGAGAAGCCGAAGGUCAAGUAA